GCAUCGUGCUCCUAGGCUAGCUUGUCGGCUUGGAGUGCAUCUCAGUGACAGUGAGAAGCAGUUGAUAACCUCUAGAGACACCCACAAACUUCCAGAACGAAAGAACAUGAACGAAAGCGAGGUGAGCAGCUACCCGCUGACUGCGUACGACUUCGAGCGGCGGUUCGAUGAGAGGAGCGCGCUGCUGUGGAUGCAGGAGCACUGGACCAAGUCAUUUAUGUUCUGUGGCCUGUACGCUGCACUUGUAUUCACCGGUCAGCACUUCAUGAGGGAAAGGCAGAAACUGAACCUGCGUCGCCCGCUGGUGCUGUGGUCACUCAGCCUGGCCAUCUUCAGCAUUGUAGGAGCGGUCAGGACCGGAGCGUACAUGCUGCACGUCCUCACAAACAGCGGCUUUAGGCAGUCGGUGUGCGACAACACCUUCUACAGCGCUCCUGUCACCAAAUUCUGGGCCUACGCCUUUGCCCUCAGCAAGGCCCCCGAGCUGGGUGACACCUUGUUCAUCGUCCUGCGGAAGCAGCGCCUCAUCUUCCUGCACUGGUACCACCACAUCACCGUGCUGCUUUACUCCUGGUACACAUACAAGGACCAGGUGGCGGGCGGCGGCUGGUUCAUGACCAUGAACUAUGUGGUUCACUCUCUCAUGUACACGUACUACGCGGCCCGGGCAGCCGGCCUGCGGGUGCCUAGGCCCUGCGCCAUGAUCAUCACGGCCUUGCAGAUCCUGCAAAUGGUGAUGGGCCUGGCCAUCCAGGGCCUCGUGUACUGCUGGAUGCACGAGGUGCGCUGUCCGUCCAACGAGGACAACAUCAUGUGGGGCUCUCUCAUGUACCUCAGCUACUUGAUCCUCUUCGCCUCCUUCUUCUACAACACCUACCUCCAAGGCUCCCCCAGGGACAAAGGAUCCAAGGCAGAGUAG